CGACUUGCUGUUCAUGCUUGAUGAGAGGAUCAUAGAUCAAGAAGAAUUAUUUAUUUUAUGGUCGUCUUUUAAUUGUCGAUCUCCCCAGCUUGCUCCUGAUGGUCCUAGGUUAAAUUUUGAUGCACUAACAGAUGAACAAAGUUUUUCGAUGUUCAGGUUUGGCAAAGAUGAUGUAUUGCGUUUACGGACUACUUUGGGUAUCCCAGAGAAAAUAAUUUGCAAAAACAAAUCGGUUUCCAGUAGCCUGGAAGCACUUUGUAUACUUUUGCGCAGACUAGCGUACCCUAACAGAUUGGCUGAUCUUGUUACCAUAUUUGGAAGAAGUGAGCCCGAGAUGAGCUUGAUCUUUAAUUCCACAUUGGAUUUCAUUUACAAUGUGCAUGGAGAUAAACUGACGUCUCUAAAUCAAAGAUGGAUACAAAGAGAUUUGCAGACUUUGAUGAAUUCAGUGGAUAGGCUUUGUCCUCUACAAAAUUGUUGGGGAUUUAUUGAUGGGACACUACGUCCAGUAUCACGACCAUCUCAGUAUCAAGAAACUAUUUACUCAGGGCACAAGCGGACACAUGGGUUGAAAUUUCAAUCGGUAAUGGCACCAAAUGGUCUGAUUGCCAAUUUGUCAGGACCAUACGAAGGAAAACGCCAUGAUGCAGGAAUUUUUAGAGAAAGCAACCUUGCAAAUGAUCUCUUACGUAACAUGAAUUCCCCGAAUGGCGAACCUUUUUGCCUAUAUGGCGAUGCUGCAUACCCCAUCAACCAACAUCUUCUCGGGCCCUUCAAAGGAAUCAACCUUACAGCACAGGAAUUGGAAUUCAACAGACAAAUGUCGUCCGUUCGACAAUGUGUUGAAUGGGGAUUUAAUAAAGUUUCUAAGUUAUUUGCAUUUUUAGACUUCAAAAAGAAUCUAAAACUGUACCUGCAACCAGUAGGGAAGUAUUACUUGGUUGGGGCUUUCUUGACAAAUUGUCAUACGUGCCUGUAUGGAAGUGUCACGACUGACUAUUUUGGAGUAGUACCCCCAUUAUUAGAGGAGUACGUUAAUAACUUGUAGAUUCAAAUUGAUUAAAGA